AGAAAAUAAUGUGAAAAGAAGAGUUAGUAUUUGUUUAGGCGCUGAGAAGAAGAGAAACUAGAAAAGAAACAGAAAAAGGGAAUUCAAUCAUUGACAGUUUUCCAAGAAAGUGUCAUAAAGCAUUGAUUCUCUGAUUCCAUUUUGUGGGAUCGGAGGAUCAAAUCAUUCUAUUUGUCACCCUUCACAUUUUGCUGCAUGGUUCCUCUCACAAAUCAUGCAUAUGAUAUUUGAAUGUCAUAUAUAGAAAAUCUAACCUAAUCCUUGGAGAGAGAAAAAAAACAAGAAAUGGCAUUGCAAAGAAAAAUGGAGGGGUGGCUUUGCCUUAUUCGGUUGAACAGGUUAGGUCUGCAAUAUUCGCGAAAAAGGUAUUUCAUUCUCGAAGACAACUGCCUCAAAAGCUUCAAAUUCAUUCCCACUUCUCCAACAGAGGAGCCAGUAAGAAGUGCAAUAAUAGACUCUUGCAUCCGUGUCACCGACAAUGGAAGAGAGACCUUUCAUAGAAAACUCCUUGUAGGUGUUAUUCAUUUUCACCUUCUCAAGUUGGGAGCGACCAGUCCUGAAGAGGCCGCUAAUUGGAUACAUUGUUUAAAGGAUGCUGCACUCAACACAGAAAGAAGCUUAACUGCUCCUUCAAGAAGAAAAUGGCAACCUUUCAGGUUGAGUGUUUCUAAAAGUGUUGCUCAUAAAAGAUCCAUGGAUAUGGCAGAUGCUUCUUUUAUGCAUGUCGAUGCAAUGACAUUUGAUGUUAUUGCUCCUUCUCCAUGGAAGAUAUUUGGCUGUCAAAAUGGCUUGCGACUGUUCAAAGAAGCGAAGGACAAAGGUUCAAAUGGGAAACAAAGGGAUGGUUCUCCAGCAGUAAUGGCAGUAGGUGUGAUUGAAGGAACAUCUGAGGCAAUUUUCCGCACACUCAUGUGUCUUGGUCAAUCGAGAAUAGAAUGGGACUUCUCUUUCUACAGAGGUUGUGUGGUUGAGCACCUCGAUGGUCAUACAGAUAUAGUACAUAUUCAACUAUACAACCAUUGGCUUCCCUGGGGAACAAAAAGAAGAGAUUUGUUACUACGGCGUUACUGGAGAAGAGAGGAAGAUGGCACAUAUGUUAUUCUCUAUCAUUCUGUCAUUCACAGCAAGUGUCCGCCGCAAAAUGGAUAUGUUCGUGCUUGCAUUAAAAGUGGUGGACAUGUUAUAACUCCAACCAAACAUGAUAAACCGUCUAUUGUUAAGCAUAUGAUUUCUAUUGAUUGGAAGUUAUGGAAACCUUAUAUGAAGAAAGGGGCUACGGUAUCCAUGACCAUCCGCUUCCUUGAGAGAAUUGCUGCAUUAAGAGAGAUGUUCAAAGCAAAGGAAGGGAACUACUUCUCAGAGUUGUCACCGGCUGUGCUGACAAGCGAUAUUGACCUGCCUGUUAUUGAAAAGGAAGAGAUCAAAAUAGAAGUCGAUUAUAAAAUGAUCACAGAUGAAAGAGUGAAUGAGGCAAAAAAUCCAGUAUCUUCAAAUCUCACCAGAUUGGAUGAUGCAGCUGAUGAGUUUUAUGAUGUUCCUGAACCAUCAGAUGACGAACACUCAGACCUCGCUUGGGCUUCAAAUGCAAGUCCAGAAGUGGGUUGUAUGGAAUCUUACCACACAAAAUUGACCACGGCAAAUAUUGUGAAAAAGUUACAAGAUCUUACAGUUCAGAAAAAGGGUUAUAUGGACUUGCAAGAAAUGGCUCGAGAUCAAGAGUGUGUCUCGUUUUUCUAUGGAGCAACUCUUCAAAAAGAUAAAAGUUUUGGUAUACCCUGCAGUUGGGCUGCUGCCGAUCCAUCGUCAUUUUUGAUUCGUGCUGAUAGUUACUUGGCAGACCAAGAAAAGGUUAAGGCCAAGAGUACCUUGUUGCAAAUGGUUGCAGCUGAUUGGUUAAGAUCUGACAGACGUGAAGAUGACCUUGCUAGUCGCCCCGGAGGCAUAGUUCAGAGAUAUGCGUCUCAGGGUAGGGCGGAGUUCUUUUUCAUUAUCAACAUCCAGGUUCCGGGAGCAACCACUUACAAUCUUGCUCUAUAUUACAUGUUGACAUCUCCUUUGGAAGAAACACCGUUACUUGAGCGCUUUGUCAAUGGAGAUGAUUCUUUCAGGAAUUCAAGGUUUAAGCUUAUACCAUAUAUCUCCAAGGGAUCUUGGAUAGUGAAGCAAAGUGUUGGUAAGAAAGCUUGCUUGGUUGGUCAAGCACUAGAAGUGCAUUAUUUUCAAGGAAGAAAUUACCUAGAGCUUGGCAUUGACGUUGGAUCAUCAACAGUGGCACGGGGUGUGGUCAGCCUUGUUCUCGGAUACUUAAACAAUCUUGUUAUCGAAAUGGCAUUUUUGAUACAAGGGAAUACGCCAGAAGAACUCCCAGAAUUUCUUCUAGGAACAUGUCGAUUGAACCAUCUAGACGUCUCCAAAUCGAUUCAAACAGACUCCGUAAGAAUCAGCUAAACCAAAUAUUUUUUAGAAAAAAGUUGCAUUACUGCAGGGGUCUAUUAAUCUAGCAGAAGAAUGAAGAUAGGUAAUGGAAAGCUCAUAUUGAUUGAUUCAUAUUUUUAUUUUGUUAAUCCGUGCAUCUUAAUUAUGGUGAUUAGGCAUUUGCUUAAUCUAUAUAUGUAUUAAUUAAUAUAGAAAAAAUAUAUAACAAGUGCCUUGGAUAUUUGUUCAAUCCAUAUAGGCAUUCUUUUACAUUAAGAUCAUUUGAAUUUUGAAGUAUAUAUUUGUUGAUUUU